GAGUUAGAAACCAUCAGCAGCUCAGGAUGAAGGUCUGUCUCACUCUGAUCUGCCUCCUCUUCCUCACAGCUCUGCAGGAUGGAGAAACUGCAGGAACCUUCACAGAAAAGGAAGGAGGAAACAUCACAGUUAGAUGUGAAUUUCGUUACUCAGGAACCAAAAGGUUCCUCUGUAAGGAAACUUGUGAAGGAGAAAAUAUUCUCAUUGAAACAACUAAAGACAGAGAUAACAACGGCAGAUUCAGCAUCAGAUAUGAAAGAAGAAAUAUUUUUUCAUCUGAUUUUCUGUAUGUGUGGAUCACGGAUCUGAAACCAUCAGACUCUGGACGGUACCGGUGCCGCUCAGAUGAAACCUACGAUGGAACUCUAUAUGAUCAUUUUGAUCUUGUUGUGACUGAAGAUUCUUCAAAACCAAAAUGGACUCCGAGAUCUUUUAUAGAAUCAACGUUUAUCCCAGAAACCUCCACAAAAACAACAAUAAAAACAACAACAGCAGCAACUCAGAGUCAGAGUUUCUCUCCUUCAUCUGAAACCAUCAAACUCUCUGAAAAACCAGCUGCAGCUUCAGAUCCGCUGCUCAAUGCGGUUCUGGUUCUGGUCGUCCUGAUCGUCUUUUUAGCAGCAGCUCUGCUGAUUUUCUUCAAGAGGAAAAACUUCAGUCAACAGAAAGGUUCUUCAGAAGAAACAGAAAACAGCAAAAACUUCCAGACUAAAGAUGAUGCAGUAGAGUACUCUGAGGUUCAUUUCCUGAAAGAUGCCUCUACUCCAGCCAACAGCGCCCCCUGUGGUCAUGCAGAAAACGUCACCUACUCAGAGAUUCAGAUGAACUCUGCGAACCGCAGCGAUGAUUCUGCUCUUUACUCCAACAUUAGUUUACAGCAGUAGCUCUGCUCUGGUUCUGCUUUACCGUUUUAAUUUCUCUUAAAAUAAUAAUCCCGAUUUAUAAACGAGACACAUCACUACAGAAAUAGUCCAGAAACUGAAAUUCACUUCCAGUAAUUUUCUGCUUCCAGGUCUUGACAACAUAAAUCUCUAAAAGUAACAAAAGAGAUGGAAAUGAUAUAGAUUUCUUCUUUUUUAAACUUUUACUUAAUAUUAAAGUAGAAAAUAUAUGAUGUGACACAUUACAUUUAUGAAAGGAAAAUAAAAUUACGGAACUAACAAAGAAAACAAAACAAAACAGAGGGUAUUGUGUUGCAAAGAAUGAAUAUUAUUAAAGAAAUUUCUUUUUUUGGUUUUAUUUUUUCUUAUUUUUUGUGGUUAUAUUUAAUUUAAAUUCAACUUGGACGUGAGCAGACUUUACUUUUUGUUACU